CCUUUCGCUGAUACAAGAGCCUGGUGCGGUGGUGGGAGAGGUAUCGGCAGGAGCAGCGCUGCCUCCGGAACCUGGGGCUGAUGCGUCUGACUUCCCGUCCGAGCCGAGGCCACUAGAGCAGCAGCCAUGUCUGGAGACGAGAUGAUUUUUGAUCCUACCAUGAGCAAGAAGAAAAAGAAGAAGAAGAAGCCUUUUAUGUUAGAUGAGGAAGGGAACACUCAAACAGGGGAAACCCAGCCUUCAGAAACAAAAGAAGUGGAGCCAGAGCCAACUGAGGACAAAGAUUUGGAAGCUGAUGAAGAGGACAGUAGGAAAAAAGAUGCUUCUGAUGAUCUAGAUGACUUGAACUUCUUUAAUCAAAAGAAAAAGAAGAAAAAAACUGAAAAGAUAUUUGAUAUUGAUGAAGCUGAAGAAGGUGUAAAGGAUCUUAAGAUUGAAAGUGAUGUUCAAGAACCAGCUGAACCAGAGGAUGACCUUGACAUUAUGCUUGGCAAUAAAAAGAAGAAAAAGAAGAAUGUCAAGUUCCCAGAUGAGGAUGAAAUACUAGAGAAAGAUGAAGGUAAUGCUGAGGACUCAGCAGCCCAUUUGUAGGUUACUCAAGCCUUUGGCCUAGUCUCUUUGAUGGGGGAGGGGAGUG